AUGCAGGUCCUGGUCGGUGAGACCCUAUGUCAGGACCAAAGUGUCCUGGGUGCUACAAUGCGGUAUGCCGACGCUGUGGUGAUGGGGACCGCGAUUAUUAACUGUUUGCCGCCGUCUUUGAGGCCAUGGAUCGCUCCUCUGCUCGCUUUAGCCGCGAAGUAUAACCAAUCACGCUGCUUGAAGUUACUCAUGCCCGUCAUCGAAGAGAGGAUCCGCGUUUGGGAGAAGAGCAAAUCAGGCGUGGCUCCAAAAGUACCAGACGACUUCUUGCAAUGGAUGAUAGAGAGAUGUGCGAAAGCCGGACCGGAGCAGAUGGAACCUUCGAGAAUCGGUCUGCGUCUCCUCGGGCUUGUGACCAUGUCUGUCAUGAGAAUGGUAUGGGUGCUAUCGCAUUGUAUUCAAGACCUAUAUAAGAGUCCUUCCAAGAACGACCCGGAGUUCCUUGCCAGUCUUCAAGAAGAGCUUAUGAAAAUGACCGAGCACCCGGAAUCCUCAAAGGCAACGGAUGAACUAGGGUCCAAGGAUACCAUUGACAGCCUUCACCUACUAGAAUCCACCUUGCGUGAGUCAAUACGACUCUCCGCUAUCUGA